AUAGUUUACAAGUACCAGACAAUAAAGGUUUAGUAAGUGUGAUUUUAUAAUUUUAAAAUUUCUUUAUUUUGAAAGCUUAUUUGAUAUUCUUCUAGAUUGGCCGUUCUUCUGAAAGUCCAAUUGAUUUUGUUGUUAUGGACACUAUAGCUGGUGAUAAAAUGGGUGAAAGGAAAGUUACACAGAGUACUAUAUCACGGUUUUCAUGUCGUAUACUUAUAGAAAGAAACAAUAAUCACAUAGCAAGGAUAUAUGCAGCAGGAUUUGACUCUUCAUGUAAUAUAUUUCUUGGAGAAAAGGCUACAAAGUGGCAACAAAGUGGUGAAAUUGAUGGUUUAACUACAAAUGGUGUUUUAAUAAUGCAUCCUAGAGGUCCUUUCUCUGCUGGGACAGAAGCUGGAAUUUGGAGAGAGAUAUCAGUUGGAGGUGGUGUCUAUUACUUAAGAAUAACCAGAUCUGCUGCUCAGAAAGGUGUAAAAGUAAGUUAGUUUUUUUUUUGUUUAUUCAUGUUUAAUAAAGUAUUUUAAUGUAAAGAUGUUUACACCAAAAGUCUAUUAUAGUAGAGCAAUCUAAAGUGAGAAGAAGAUAUAUAUUAUACAUAAUCAUUUUGCUUUUUAUAUCAGUUUUAUUCAUUUAAUCCUGAGCACUAUUUUGGAAAUUUGUGUUUAAUAAUUCAUUUCA